AUGACGGCCCAGGCCAUGAUUCCGCCGCCGCCCCCGGACGACUCGGGGCGGGUCCCGGCCGCGGCACUCGACUCCGGCGACGACGCGUCGGUGUCGGACCGGUCGGCGUCGCCCCCGGCCCUGGACCGCUUCGGGUGCGAGGUCUGCGACGAGACGCCGGACAACUUCACGGCGCCGGGCUACCCGACCGUGGCCGAGGAGAAGCUCUUCCGGCGCCGGGAGAACCGCUCCUGCGACGCGCCGACGCGCCACUCGCUCGGCAAGCGGCGCCGCGCCGCCGAGGACGACCUCGCCGCGCCGCCGCGGAAGGCGUCGCCGCCCAUCGCGCACCCGCGCGCGGCGCCGGCCCGCGACGCCGGCGACGACGCGGCCGCCGACGCCGCGCCGCGGCCGUCGCUCGGCGACGGCGACGUCGCGCCCGCGGCGCCCGCGGCGCUCGUCGCGGCGUUCGGCGACGUCGCCGACGACGCCGCGCCGGAGGCGCGGGCCGCCGCGGCGCUCGCGGCCUGCUGGAGGGGCCUCGAGUUCCUCGGCGGCCUCGGCGCCUCGGAGCCCGUGCUCGCGGGCUUCGGCGCGGACCUCUGCCUGACGUUCCACGACGUCGCGGCGACCGCGCCGGAUCCGCUCAGAGCUUUAGCUUUGUACCACGUGGAACGUCUCGCCCAGCGCUGGAAGGGCGCGCACGAGGCGGCGUUAGAUGUGGCCCAGAUCGAGCCCGUGGAGGUCUGCGAUCUGCUCGCGGGCGUCGUCGCGGUCGCGAGGGCGGGCGCGGCGCACGCGUCGCUCAAGAUGGAGUGCAAGGCCGUCGCGGAUCGCGUCGUCGGCGCGCGGGGCAGGCGCCGCGCCGCCGACGCCUUCCUCUCGGCGGACGUGCUGGGCAAGCCCAUCGGCGACGUCAACGACUCGCGCCGGCGCGCGGGCCGCUGCCGCGCGGCGACGAACGCGGUGCUCUGCGCCUCGCUGGCCGAGCGGGCCGAGGUGCCCGUCGGCGCGGACGAGGCCGAGGUCUGGGCCUGGCUCGACCCGCUGCGGCCCUACGCGCCCUACGAGGCCAUGGGCUGGGAGGACUGGCUCGACCAGCUCACGCUCGCCGUCACGCUCGUCGCCGUCGCGUCGAACGACUGCGCCCUCCGCCUGCCGCCGUCGCUCCUCCCGGCCGAGUACGCGCUCGUCGCGGACCCGGCGACGCUGCGGCGCUGCGUGAAGAAGCGGGACGUGCACCUCGUCGGCGACGUGGCGACGUGCCUCCGCUCGCACGAGGGCGCGGCGACCGGCUCCGAGUUCUCCGUCGCGCGGCUCCAGAUGUCGGCGCUCCGCAACAUCGGCGACUGCAACGAGGCCAUCGGCGACGCGGCCAUCGCCCUCAAGUACGCGCGGGCCCACGUGAACAUGGGCGAGCGCGACACGGACCGGACGGUCGUCGCCGACUCCCGGAAGCGGCUCAUCUCCGCGUACGCGCAGCUCGCGAACCAGUACACGGCGGAGGAGGAGGACUUCCUCCAGGUCGAGCAGCAGGAGGUUCUGGACCUGGAGCGCCUGAGGAACCUCCACCCGGACCAGCUCGACCGCUUCGAGGAGUCGCCCUACUGGAUCGCCGCGAACGCGCGGAACCUCGCGCGGCUCCAGCUCGAGAAGUACCGCGACGCGGUCAACGUCCACUUCGCCAAGCCCGAGACGCCGACGAACAACCACGGGGGCGCCAGCCCGACGCGCUUCCCCGAGCUCAAGAACCAGGCGUCGAUACGUAACUUCGCGUGA